AUGUCAGACAGCUACUCCCCCAAUACCCCUGCCCGAGUCCUCAAGACCCCCCACCGAUCCAGCACCAGCACCGUGCGAGUUCCCUCGACAACCACACCCGGCUUCACCUGGAACCGCACCAACGGCCUCAAACGCAAACCCACCAGCAAUAGCCCGUUCCCACUACCUUCACGCGACGUACCCUCCGAAGACGAUUUCUUUGAUCUGGCGCCAAAGAAGAAACGGAGUACCCCGAUUGGGCGGCGGAAAGGUGGCGAGGGUGGGAGUGGGAAUGGGAGUACUGGGAGAAGCACGACGGUGAACAGGAAACCGGUGGAAGUGGUGGUGGAUUCGGAGUCGGAUGAGUGGACGGUUGAGACGCCGGUGGCCAAGAAAGAGGGGCGGAAGGGUCGGGAGGGUGGGUUAGCAUCUGCGCGGAAAAGGGGCCCGGAGAACGUACCCGUGGGUGGUGGGUUGAGUGGAAGGAAUGGGGAUCUGAUAGAAGUGGAUUUAACGGCGGAUGAACCGGGGGAGGUGACUGUGCCUGUGCGGAAGCCUGCGAUGCUGAAACGAAAGGCCGGUGAAGUGGGCGGCGCGGUGCUGACUGGACGGAAGCCUGCGAACGAACGAACGGCGGAGGACGACCUAAGCGGCGUGGUACUCCCCAAGCGAACAGCUGCCCCGAAUCGAACACCUGACGACUCGGACAGCAUGCUACUCCCCAUGCGAACACCAGCGCCAAAACGAAAAGCACUUCCCAUCCCCAAAUCCGCACCCGCCAUCUCUCACCACCAUUCCCAAUCCCGCAACCCAAACCCAUCACCCGCCAACCUCGCACCACCUCUCGCCUUCUCAACCCUCAAAUCUCGCCCACCACCCACAAAAAGCCCCUCAGCCUCCCCAUCAACCUCCAAAAUCUCCCCCGCAGAACGCAGCCGCCGCCACACCCACUUCAUCGAAUCCCUCUACACGCUCUACAAACCGGCCAAGUCACAAUCCCCAUACCGGUUCUCGUCACGCCUGUCCUCACCGAUGCACAUCCCGAGAACCGCGGGGAUGAGUGGUGGGAGUCUAACGGGCGAAUUGGUGCAUGAUGUUACGUUUCCGGAGUUGGAGGAUACGAAGGGGAGUGAUGGCGUGGAGAACGGGAUCGAGAACCGGAUUGAAGCGGGGAUUGAGGAGUACGAGGAACGCUCGCCGACGCCGAUUGCGGAACUGAGUGUCGGGAAUGAGUGUUUAGUCGGUGUCGACGAUGUUUGUGGAUUGUCUGGCGAUGGUCCUGGAACUGGCAACUUAUCUGAACCCGAUCUCGACGCCGGUGGUCUCGGGUUCGAUUUCGCUCAUCUUGGCGAUGAUCUCGGUCUUGACGACGCGCCAUCCCCUCCCUUGCUAGUCACCGCAGACAACAUACCCACAUUGCCUUUCGAUCUCGCCGCGUCUGAAUCACCACCACCACCCACACAACAGCGGACGCAACGCAAACGGAGUUUGACGCCUGAUCUUAUUGACGAGACGGCGAGUCCGCCCAAACGAUCUAAAGUAUCACCCAAAACAGUGCGUGAUAGUCAUCCUCGUGAUAAAAGUCCCGUUGUGAUCGACCUCGAUUCCGAUUGCGGCAUCCCCGACUUCCCACCACCACCACAACAGCGACAACAGACAAAGGUGACACCGAUCAGCACGGCUAAGCGAGACACGGCGCGGAAAGCGUUGCCGAGGGAGGCUGGGGACCCGCGGAGACCGGCAAACGGGAGCGGUGUUAGUGGGCGGUAUGACGCAGGUCGGAGUGAUGAGGAGAUGGGUAUGAACGACGUCAAUGGAGGAGAAGCUGGUGGAGAGGAUUAUAUCGACUGCCCACUCUGCUCCAACCCCUUCCCCCUCUCCACCAUCGCAGUCCACGCCGCAACCUGCCAAACAGACUCCGACUCCCCCCUCCCCACCUCUCCGCAUCAAAAUCACACAGUCCGCGGCGAACCCUCCCGUGCCCCGCCGCCGCCACCACAGCAAGCUAGUAAAGCCGACCGAGCGAAGAGGUUAAGUGAGAUGGCGGAACGACGACGGAAACGCGUCGUGGGUGAACGUAGUAGUAGUGAGGAGGAGGGGGUACUGAGGGGCGGUGUGAUUGGCGGCGGGAAGGAGCAGGGCAUUCGCAGGUUUUUUCGGAAAGAGGAUGCAGUACCUGCAGUGAAAGACCGGACAGCGACACACAGCGAAUCGCGGAUCGUGCAAGUGGACUCGGUUUCUGAGACCGGGGGUGUGAGCGAGCGUGAGGGUGAGGACGCGCUUGCAGCUGCGUUGUUUGGGGAGAGUGGUCCGGUGACAAGGGCGGUGGAUAAAGGCAAGGGACGAGCACUGGUUUUCACUUCGGAUGACGAAGGGGAUGAUGAACAGGACGACGACCAUGGGAUCGGUCUUGACGCCGAUCGCGACGACAGGACCGGGCUCACCCUCACCACCACCCCCACAUCCCUCUCCCAACCCCUCGUCGACGACCCCCUCUCAUACUCGCACGGAGAAGACGACGACGACGAACAACUCUCCCCCCUCCUCGGCUUCGAAAACCCGACCUCCACCGCCGGCCGGCUCGACUGGCUGCUCGCGCCCACACCCCUCGACGACGCCGCCGUCGCGCGGAAGGAGGCGAGGAGGGUCAAGAAGGCCGAGAGGGAUCGGGAGAGUGGACGGGGGAGGGGUUGGGCUGCGGGUGCGAGGAGCGCGAGGAGGGCGAGGGGGAGGGGUGGAGCGUGGCGAGGAAGAAACGCACCCCGAGGCCGCCGGACCAGUCGCGGCGGUGGCGAUGGGGCACGCACCACCACCAACGCCCUACCGGCACCAAGAAGGAACUACUACGCGAACGACGACCCCGGGUUUACGGACCGUGAUGUGGGGAUCCAGUGGGAGGGGUUUGCGGGGGUUACGUUUUGA